AUGGCCAUGCUCUGUCAUAAAUGUACAUCUCAGUCUUCUGGUCAAGCAUGCCAAAAAAAUACAGAAGAACUUGAAAAGGAAGUCAAAGGAGAUACCUCAAAAGCUGCGUUUCAUCAGACUGGUGUAUUAAGGAAAUCUAAGGAAAACAGAGACGAGCAUACAUCUGCUUCUGUGAACCRAAAGCAAAAUCUCUCUUUUCUCCCUGAAGAAAAGAAACAACCUCCAUCUGACAGCAAAAUAGGUAGGGGGGAAGAAAAUGAUGAUCCUUCUUUGGCCAUCUCUCACCAGCUAAAGAAAGCAUUACCGGUGGUGGUCAUGUUUAAAGAUGGUGAAGAAUCAUUAUCAGGAAAAAUUACACUACAGGAUUUCCCAAGCACAGUAAAAAACUGUGAAGCAGAAAACGGAAAAUUUAUUACAGAAGUGAAAUGUGGGGCUUUCAAUGUGCAAGUAGAAAUCAAGAAAAGCAUUUUCUGUAAAACAGGAGCACAGUUCCCAACAAAAAAGGUAUGUCCAACAUGUCACCAGCCGUUCUCUGCCAGGUUUAUUAGGAGAUGUUACACAUUUAGGAGAUGCUUUCCUAAACACAAUAAUACACUGGCAGAAAAAAUAAAACCUGAGGUGUCAUCUAAACAGGGGAAACUUGCCAGAACUGAGAGCCCCUCAUUGAAAGUAAGCAUUGUAGGAAAAGAAAUUAAGGUUAAAUACAUAAGUAAGAAACAGAAUGUAAUAAUUAACAUAACUCAUCCUAAAAGAAGGGGAAAAAUAACCAAAUACAGAACCAUUCCCUCCAAUCCCACCACUAAAGAAAGUUUCAGGUCUCCUUUGCAAUCUGAUAUUAAGUACCCUGAAAAGCAGCAGCUUGAAAAAAAGCACCAGAGUUCAGGGGCCUCUCCGUCUGUUGAGUGCACCAUUCAGAAGGAGAAUUCUGACACAGUUCUGGUUUCUUUAACCUCAACUCCCAAAAGAGAAAAAAAUAAGUCUGAUACACUAUCUUCAGUCUCAGAUGAUUCUGAGGGAGAAUCUGCCAUCUUUCAGCAGAAGGCUUUUAAAAUUAGUCAGAACAACCCCAAGAAGAAACAUUUCUCUGGAGCUGAUGCUCUUCAGAAAAACAUUCUUCCUACUUCACAUGAUACUCCAGAGACCACACGUUUAAAUAAUACACACUUAAGUAAAACACCUUUUGAGGAUCCUAAGGAUGUGGAUAAAGAGAGAAAAAACAACUCCGCUGUCCCAGAAAAUAUCACACCAGAGUCACAUACACAGCAAAGCACAGAUGGAACAAAUCAUUUGCUAAGUACCGUUACCARCAUCAUUCCCAUUCAAGAUGUCUCAGACUCUGACUUUUGUUCUCUGUCUUCUCUAAGCAUUCAGCUUUUGGGAGAAAAGGCCACUAGUAUCUAUUGCAAAGGAAACAAAACUUCAUCCACAGAAAGCUGUGAGAACUCAAAUUCUAAAUCUUUCUCCUCCAGUCAAAAUGCUCUGAAGUCUUCUACCUCAUUCAGUCCUUCUCACUUGGCCACCAGACAUUUAGAACCCAAAGAAUCCCUUGGGCAUACAUUUUCCUUUAACCACUGUGCUGAAUUUGUGAUAGACCAUGAGAAAGAGCAUGGUGAUAUGACUGAAACAGACAUUAAAAAAGCCAUUAUACAUGGUGACUCUUGUGCAAACACACAGCAACUGUUGGAAACAAAGAGUACACAGAGUCCAAUCCUCGUCCCUGCAUCCUGCAGCAGCCUAGCUGUUGAGGAUUCACUUCACAAUAUUGGCCACACCACUGUUGAAUGGGAUCAAACAGAAGCCCAGAAAAAUCAUCCAGAGACAGUAGCCCCUAGCAGAACAAAAGUGUCAGUCAUGAGCUUCAUAACUGAUAAGUUCGAGCAAAGAUUAAUUACUCAAAAUGAUAAAGAACACACAGUUGAUUCUAAUUGUCCCUUGGGAAUGAGAACCCCCAAAGAGUCACCCAGCUUUUUGGAGAAUAUUGAAAAAGAAAAACGCCAACUAAUACCAGUGAUAAUGAAUGCAUGCCACCGAGAUUUUGAAGACCUACCCAGUGAGAAUCAUGAUGAAAACUGUUUUAAAAUGGACUUUCCACCAAACACUGCUGAGUCCAGCUACAAAGUGUGUGUGACGGAUAAGCUGUUUCUUAUACAGAAAACAUUAAACAGUGAUGCAGACCAAUGUGGUAAUCAAGACAAAGAGAGCCUUGAAUUAACCAGUUUUCAACAGGAGCCAGGGGAGUGCCAAAGAAUUGCAUUAACAAGACAAGAUUCUGAAGGAGGUAAGGACAAAAAUGACUCAAAGGAAAACUACUAUCAUCAAAUAGACAUAUUGCUGUCUCCCCAGAAGCAAAAGGCGUUGAAAGAUCAGAAUUUGGAAAUCAGUAGCCUGGGAAAGUUUUCCCAGGAGUCAGCUUUAAGAGGUGGAAGAGCCAGUGAUGGUUCCCAGGAAGAAGCAAUAGACCAGUGGGCCAGGAGGAGGCAGCAAUUCAGAGAAGGCAGAAGAUGCAAUUCAACAGGAGGGAGCUCAUUCACCAGCAACAUCACGGAAGGAUCCAUCACCUCAGAAGACGGACGUUCUUUGGAUUUUGGCUUUCGAGUGGAUACUGAAGAAAAAGGUUUCUACACAGAGAAUUUUCAUUCAGCAGCGUGGGUUUUCCGAGGCGACGAUGGGAAUCCUGAAGACAGUCCUAGAUGUCUUAGUAAAAAACCACGACCAGUAGCUGUUCGUGAGCGAACGGUGAGACUAUUCAAGGGAACUGGAGAUUAUCCUUGGGGAUUCCGAAUUCAGUUCUCCAAACCAAUCAUGGUAACUGAAGUGGAUACCAACAGUGCUGCUGAGGAAGCUGGGCUCCUGAUCGGAGAUGUGGUGCUGUCUGUCAAUGGUACUGAGGUCACCAGUGUCGAGCAUGCAGAAGCUGUGCACCUUGCAAGGAAAGGUCCAGACAUCUUGACUUUGGUGGUGGGAUCUGACAUCAGCCACUGUCCYAAUACCCCCCGGCCCACCUGCCGUGGCUAUCUACAUAAGAGGACUCACUCUGGCUUCAUGAAGGGUUGGAGGAAGAGGUGGUUUGUGCUGAAACAUGAUGGCUGUCUCCACUAUUACAAACAUAAAAAGGAUGAAGGAAAGUGGCCACCUCUAGAGGUAAURAAGUUAGAAGGUGCAGAAGUUGGUAUAGAUAGCAGCUUGGGAAAAUCAUUUGUGUUUAACUGUGUCCCUCCACCUGGAAAUAGAAGUCUUUGCCUCUGUGCAACUUCAAACCAAGAAAUGAAAAGGUGGCUUGAGGCAAUGGAAAAAGCGGCCCAUCCUAUUCACCAGAACCAUGUCUGGGAAGACGUUACUCUGCACAACAGCAGUCUUCCACCUUUGGCCAUUAAAAACCCAGAGUGUCUGGGCCUCCUGCACCAGCUGGAUAGAAGCACAGACUUGUGGGUCCAGCACUAUUGCAUUCUGAAGGAUGGCUGCUUGUAUUUCUAUGAUAGCAUUCGUUCCACCCGGGCCUCAGGUGGCCUAUAUCUUCAAGGAUAUAGGGUGAGUGAACAGACCCAUAGCUUCAAACAAUCAGUAAUUGAACUCAAACCUCCAUCAGAAGAGUUCAAGACUUUCUAUCUCUGUGCAGAAAAUAAAACAGAAAACCAGCGCUGGAUUACAGCUCUGCAAAUGUCUAUCAAAAAAUGGAUUCCUUUGCACCAGGCUAUUCAAGACUUCAUGAAUCGACCCUUAGAGGAGACUAGAAUGUGA